CAGGGGCUUGGCUGCAGCCCAGCCUUGGCACAGCCUCGCCUCUCCGCUUGAUUUUAUUUUUUUUUUUUUUUUUUCACUCCCCUCCUCCCUUCCACUUCAUUUCUUUCUUUCCCUCUCUUUCGCCUUUAAGUGGAGAAGCCUUGCCAGCUGGGCAGGCUGGGAGGGCAGGGACAGCCUGAGCAGGCAGCAGAUAGAGUUUGGAGGAGGAGAAGGAGGAAUUUCGGAGCCUUCCCUCGGGACGUGCGGCGCUCACUCGGCUGGAGGGACCCUGCUCAAGGACUCGGACACCAAGCCCAGGGCCCAGCAUGGCGUGCCCCACUCUCAGGACGUGUCUCUGCCUCCUCAUCCUCACUGGUCUGCUGGAGGUGACAUCUGGGGACCGCAGGCUGCACAUCGAACCCGGGGACACGGAGCUUGUCCUCAGCCUCCACAGCACCUUCUCCCUCCUGUGCUAUGGGGACAGAGAGCUGCUCUGGGAACGGGAGGGGCAGCCCCUCAGUGCCUCGCUGGAGCACAGGGACGGUGUGUUUGUCAGCAAUCUCACCCUCAGGAACGUGACAGGCCAUCACACCGGGGAGUACACCUGCACCUACAGCCCCGAGCAGGCUCCAGAGCCAGCAGAGAGGAGAGCCCUCUACAUCUAUGUUCCAGAUCCCUCCCUGGUUUUCCUCCCUGCAGUCACCUCUGAAGAGGUCUUCAUCUUCAUCACGGGCUACACAGAGGCUGUCAUCCCAUGCCGUGUGACCAACCCACAGAUGCAGGUCACCCUCUAUGAGAAGAAGGUGGAGAACCCCAUCCCAGCUACAUAUGAUCCACAACAGGGAUUUAAAGGCUUCUUUGAGGAUAAAACCUAUUUCUGCCGGACAUUUGUGGAUGACCAGGAGGUGGAUUCAGACACUUUCUAUGUCUACAGGAUCCAGGUGUCAUCUGUGAACGUGUCCAUCAGUGCAGUGCAGACCAUGGUGCGCCAGGGGGAAAACGUCACCGUCAUGUGCACCGUGAGCGGCAACGAGCUGGUCAACUUCAACUGGGACUAUCCCCGCAAGCAGGCAGGGAAGGCUGUGGAGCCAGUGACUGACUUUCUGCCUGGAUCCACUCAUGAGAUCCGCUCCAUCCUCAUCAUCCAGAAUGCAGAGCUGGAGGACAGUGGGACCUAUGUCUGCAAUGUCUCUGAGGGCUACCACGAGAAGACAGACCGCAAGGACAUCACUGUCCAAGUGAUCGAGCGUGGCUUUGUGCACUUCCACACCCACCUGCCCAGCACGGUGUAUGCUGAGGUCCACAAGAGCCACACUAUCCAGGUGGAAGUGGAAGCUUAUCCCCAACCCAGCAUUGUGUGGCUGAAGAACAACAAGACGCUGACCAUGGAGAGCAGCAGCGAGUUCACCAUCACCAGCAGGAACCUGUCAGAAACCAGGUACCAGACAGCUCUGGUGCUGGUGCGGGUGAAGCAGGAAGAAGGAGGAUUUUACACCAUUCGGGCUUCCAAUGAGGAUGAUGAGCAGGAGAUCUCCUUCCAUCUGCAGAUAAAUGUGCCAGCUAAAGUGGUGGAGCUCAAGGAGAACAGCAGUGCCAGCAGUGGGGAGCAGACUGUAACAUGCUCUGCUGAAGGCAUGCCCCAGCCAGAGAUCAGCUGGUCUACUUGCAGCGACAUCAAAUGGUGCAGCACCACGGGCCAGCCCACGCGGCUGCUGGGGAACGAGUCGGCCGAGCUGGGCGUGCAGACCAACGCCUCGUACCACGCCGAGCGGCAGCUCUACCGCGUCAACAGCACCCUGCAGCUGCACAGGGUGCACGAGCCCCUGCUCCUCAGGUGCACCGUGCACAACUUCCUGGGCACCAGCUCCCAGGACAUCACUUUGGUGCCACACGCCUUGCCGUUCAAGGUGGUCAUCAUUUCUGUCAUCCUGGCCCUGCUGGUCCUCACUGUGAUCUCUCUGAUCAUCCUGAUCGUGCUGUGGCAGAAGAAACCUCGUUAUGAAAUCCGCUGGAAGGUGAUUGAGUCGGUCAGCUCUGAUGGGCACGAGUACAUCUAUGUGGAUCCCAUGCAGCUCCCUUAUGACUCCACCUGGGAGGUGCCCAGGGACAAGCUGGUGUUAGGACGCACUCUUGGCUCUGGAGCCUUUGGUCGUGUGGUGGAGGCAACAGCCCAUGGCCUGAGCCAUUCCCGGUCCACCAUGAAGGUGGCAGUCAAAAUGCUCAAGUCCACAGCCCGCAGCAGUGAGAAGCAAGCCCUCAUGUCCGAGCUGAAGAUCAUGAGCCACCUGGGACCUCACCUCAACAUCGUCAACUUGCUGGGGGCCUGCACCAAAGGAGGACCCAUCUACAUCAUCACGGAGUACUGCCGCUACGGGGACCUGGUGGAUUACCUGCACCGCAACAAGCACACCUUCCUGCAGGCCUGCGGGGACAAGGCGCGGCGGGAGGCGGAGCUCUACGGGAACACCCCCAAGGAGGACCCUGUGCACAGCCACCUCUCCAUGUCUGUCGAGAGUGACGGGGGCUACAUGGACAUGAGCAAGGAUGACUCCCUGGACUAUGUGCCCAUGUCUGACAUGAAGGGUGAAGUCAAGUACGCUGACAUCGAGUCUUCUAACUAUGGCACCCCCUAUGAGCUGGACAGCUACUCCCCCUCAGCUCCUGAAAGGACAGACCGGGUGACACUGAUAAAUGAGUCUCCACUCCUCAGCUAUAUGGACUUGGUGGGCUUCAGCUUCCAGGUGGCCAAUGGGAUGGAGUUCCUGGCUUCCAAAAAUUGUGUGCACCGUGACCUGGCUGCCAGGAAUGUCCUCAUCUGUGAGGGGAAGCUGGUGAAGAUCUGUGACUUUGGCCUGGCGAGGGACAUCAUGAGGGAUUCCAACUAUAUCUCCAAAGGCAGUACCUUCCUGCCCCUUAAGUGGAUGGCUCCAGAGAGCAUCUUCAACAACCUCUACACUACCCUGAGUGAUGUGUGGUCUUUUGGGAUUCUUCUUUGGGAGAUAUUCACCCUAGGAGGGACUCCAUACCCUGAGCUGCCCAUGAAUGAACAGUUCUACAAUGCCAUCAAACGUGGCUAUCGGAUGUCCAAACCCACCCACGCCUCUGAUGAGAUCUACAGCAUCAUGCAGAAGUGCUGGGAGGAGAAGUUUGAGAUCAGGCCGUCCUUCUCACAGCUGGUGGUGCUUAUGGGAAACCUCCUGGUGGAUUGCUACAGGAAGAGGUACCAGCAGGUGGAUGAGGAGUUCAUGAAGAGCGACCACCCCGCGGUCGUGCGCACCAGGCCCGCGGUUCCCGUGCUGAACAACGCCCGCCUGGCUGCCAGCUCCCCCAGCAGCCACAUCCUGUACACAGCCGUGCACCAGCACGGGGGCGAGAACGACUACAUCAUCCCCCUUCCCGACCCCAAACCCGAGGGGACCCCUGACCUCCCCCAGGAGGCCUCCAUCAGCAGGGCCAGCUCUAUGCUGAACGAGGCCAACACAUCAUCUACAAUAUCCUGUGACAGCCCUCUGGGCCUCCAGCAGGACGAGGAGCAGGAAUCUGACCCACAGCCAGGCUGCCAGGAGCCAACCACAGCACACCAAGAGGUGGAGGAAAGUUUCCUGUAGUCAGAGCUGGGCUGACUUUGCAUCUCCUUAUGGAGAGGCCAGCUGAGGGGGCUGACCCAGAUGACACAGAGAGCCAUGCUUGUGCUUGUACAUCAGGACAUCCCCUCCUGUCCCAGCAUUCCUCCUUCCCUCCUGUCUCCCAGUGCUGGCUGGGGAAUUAAAGACUUCUCCCCGUUGUCAUCCCCUUCCCCCCUAAAAAGAGGUGGCUCAAUGCCAGACACCCUCUACAUCACUGCCACAUCCUCCUCAGUGACCAAACCACUGCAGGAGGGAGACAUCUCACAGACCAACACCUUUUCAAGUGGAAGACGUGGUUGGAUCUCCACGAGAGGCCACUUUGUGCAUUGCUAAGAUGACAUUCCAGCCUCUUCCUCCUCCAUGGCACAGAGUUUCGUCUCCUCUGCACCAGCACUUCUCUGAUGGUCUCAGCACCAGCCACACCGUGGUUCUGUGAAAUGCCACUGGGACAGAUCAUCCACCUGGAGCCCAUUGCUGGGCUGUAGAGAACCUGCAGCACCAACCUUCAGCUGCUGGAGGCCAGGAGCACAUUGGAUUCUCCUCCAAGCCUGAAGAGGCCAGCCAGUGUCUGGGAGGUACAGAAUUCCCAUUUUCCUCUCUUGGCAGUGCUUCCAUGGUGGAUGGAGCAUCACAAGCACUACAGGUGUUCACAGCUCUGGGGCACAGCUCUGCACCCACCUGGAGGCUGUCACACCCUUCUGUGCCCAAUGUGGCACCAGGAGCCCCAGGGACAUGCCAGGAGCUCCAAAUGCCCUCACAAUGACUUGGUUAUAAAGCAAAGAGGGCAGUCACUGUUGUUAGUGUUGUCUGUGUGGACACUAAGCUAAUUAUUCUCCAUUGAAGAUUUAAAGGGAACAAAUAUAUUAAUCCACUAGCCAGGGCCAGUAUAAGGAAGCAAUAUGGUUAUUCAUUAAUCUACUGCCACUACAGCCAGCUCAUCUGCUGGGAAAUCAUAUAACCACGCCAGCUGCAGAAUCCUUGUGCCUUAUCUUUGGGAAGCAAAGGCUCACCUUUGAUAAACUGUUCACCCAAACACCCCUUCUCAGGAUGGGAGGGCUCACCCUUCCCUCCUGAGUCACAGCAAGAUUAUGGGCAGCAAUAAGGAUACCAGAACACCAACCCAGGCAUAGCUCCAAAGAAGGAGAGGGAGAGAGGCUGGGAAGCUCCUUGGUCACAGCUGAACUGUAUCUCACACCCUGGCACCUUCUGGGGUCAGUCAGAGCCACUUGCAGCCUGCCAGGGCUGUGAAAUGUCACAGAGAACCAAGCAAGGCAAGAGGAAUUGGGGAGGAUUCCCCUCUCUUGGAGAGUGUUUUGAAAACUAAAUGGGCCCAGACCUUCUCCCUGCUUCUGCCCUCCUUCCCCACUUCUCAGCAAUGGGUCAGGGGCUUCUUGUGCUCUCAGUUGGCACUGAAUGAGCAGACCCAAAGCAGGAGGAACACCAGGCUUUGGAAAUCGGUUGUGAGCCCCACCUCUGCAGAGAUGAAAGCUGGACCCCCCAAACCACAGCUCUGACACCACAGAAGACAGAAGGUUUUUCUCUGAAAUGAGUUUCACUUCACACAGAGCUCUGGUUCACUGCAUGUCCCCUGCUCCCAUUAACUCUUCCUUGCCCUACUCAUGCACAUCUCUCUGUGCAUCCUACAGGAACUGCACAGGCAGGUUCACAAAAUCAGAAAUUCAGUCAGCAUCUUGCUGGGCUUCUGCCACCUCAGAGUCACUGAGAAUUUAAUUUUCUUUUCAAAAUAUGGAACUUCUGUCAGAAAUCCCCAGUAGAACAGCUUCUGUUUAAAGUUUUCUACCAUUCCGGUUCUGCCAUUUAUGCAGCUAAAGGAGGAGUAGGUGUUUUGUGGGCUGAUGUCCUUGGUAAAAUGUGAACAUAAGAAAUAGCACUUUUAUUGGCAGCCAGCAGAGGAUAUUUUCAGCCUAUGUGGUCAGAUUCCCCACCAUCCAUAGGAAACAUACUGUGAAUGACAACUGUUUUUCCAUCCUCUGUUCUUCCUGCUUGUAAUGAAGGAGCCAUCUCCUAUGGCCACAGUUCAUUAAAUAAUCCUCACUGCAGAGGAGCAGUAAUUUAUGAGAUCCUUUGGGUCAGAUCACUUGAUUUUUUAUUUUUUAUUUUUUUUUGACAUGUAAGGUGCUUGGUAGGAUCUGUGUUACUGCAACUUGAGCCCAGAGGAUGGCACAUCAGAUUAUCCUAAUAGCCCCUGUGUGCACCAGCUCCAUUUUAAAUUCACCCUUCUCUACCAAAGGUGACCAGAAGUACCCAAUACUCCAGGUGAGGUCAAACCUAGACCUCACACAGGGCAUUAACAGUUCUGGUCUGUGCUGGUCUCAGCUUGCCUGGUGUAGCUUUGGAUAAUUUUGGCUUUUUCCCAGCCACAACAUACUGAGAGCUUGGAGUCAUCCUCUGACCCAUCUAGGCACCUACGUCUUUCUACACUUGCAGCAUUUCUAACCAAGCUACUCCCUGAUGUUCCAGACAUCAGGUCAUCAGCAAAUUUUGUUAACAAACUGUUAUUUUUGGGCUGGACUGACUAAUAAAAAUAUUAGAUACUUCUAGCAACCAGAACAGUCUGAGAGAGCUACUUUUACUACCUACCUUCAGCCCAAAGAUUUCCCCGUCUACUAACACCUUCUCACUUUCCCUUUGGCAUUUC